AAACAAACUGAAAAGCCAAAAGACGAAUAGGUUUCAAAAUCUCACUGGGGACAUGCAUUGUAACCGGAGAGAGUAAGAGCUCCGAAGUUGGUCACUGCAUUGAACAAUCGAGUUCCUGAAUAAUCAGAGAUUUGAAAUUCAGGCAGUCUGUCUUAAACCCUUACCAAAACCACCCAAAUCAACCAGAACCCUAAUCCUAAUUGCCCCGAAAUCGCUUCCUUCUGGACUUUCUUGUUGCUUCGGAUCAUCGGAAGAAUAUUUGUACUGAAAAAUUUCUCAGUUAAAAAAAUGGUGACUGUUUGUCAGACUUGUGGCGACCGUGGUUUCGAUGAGCAGCUCGUAUAUUGCGAUUCUUGUAAGGUUGAAGCUGUGCACCGUUACUGUUUGGGCAUAACGCCUGUUCCUUUUGCGGAUUACAUAACUUGGUUCUGUGAGGACUGUGAUGCGAGUGACAGUGGCUCUGAUUGCCAAGAAGUUGAUCAGACUGAUACGCUUGGAGAUAUCUUGAAAAAGAAGGAGACGAACGCGAAUGAGAGCGAAGAGAGCAGGUAUCACACACCACCGGGUUUCUCUGUUGAUGAUCCUGAGCUCCAGGAUAUUAGCAAUGUUGAAUCUUUAGAGGUGUCUUCUCCGCCAGUUUUGCAAACAAUGGAGGAGUCUGAGAGAAGAGAACGCUCAGACAGUGUAAAAUCUGAUGAACUGACUGGUUUAGUAAGAAAUGAAGCAUCUGUCUCGGAAGCCGGAAAUGGAGCAUCUGUCUCGGAGCAGGGUGAGAAAGAGAAGAAGAAAAAGAAGAAGAAGAAGACGACUAAGAAGAAGAAAGGAAAGAGUAAUCACUCCAAGCCGAUUUUAUCUGUUGAGGACCAUGAGCUCCCGGAUGCCACCAAUGUUGUACCUGUGUAGGUGUCUAAGAAGCGACAAAGCUCUGAUGAAUUAGUACGAAAUGAAGCAUCUUUCUUAGAGGCCGGAAAUGGAGCAUCCGUCUCGGAGCAGGGUGAGAAAAAAAAGAAGAAGAAGAAGAAGAAAAGAAAGAGCAUUACUCACUCCCUGCCGAGUUUACCUGUUGAAGACCAUAAGCUCCCGGAUGAUACCAAUGUUGAACCUGUGGAGGUGUCGAAGAAGCGACAAAGGUCUGAUGAAUCGAACGGCUUAGUAAGAAAUGAAGUAUCGGUACUGGAGAAGAGGGAUAAAAAGAAGAAGAAGAAGAAGAAGAAGAAGAAGAAGACGAACAAGGAGGUGAAGACGAAUGAAGGGAGCAGCAAUCACACAUUGCCGGUUUUAGAUGGUGAGAACCAUGGGCUCCAGGAUAACACCAAAGAAACAACGAAUGACUAUAAGAGAUUAGAUAGUGGAAAACCUCAUGAAUUGACUGGUUUAGCGAAAAGUGGAGCAUCUGUCUCGGAGGCAGGAAAUUCAUCUACUGAGCCAGAUCAUAGUUCUUGUACCAGCAAGAAAAAAAAAUUAAGUUCUGGCAACAUACGGGUUACUAGUAAAGAGACACAGUUAGAUGCUGAGAACAAUUCUUGCAAAUUGGCUGAAUCAAUUAUGCCUCAAACUUCUGAGAAGUUGACAGCUAUGGAUAUCAACUCUCCGGCACUCAAUAAUGAUAGAGCACAACCAAUCUGUAAACCGAUAUGGAGGGGAUCAAUGUUUCUAAAAAACGGAAACAGUUGUAGCAUUGAUGGGCUUGUUGCUCACUUAUCAACCUUAGCCUGCGGUAAAGUCCAUGAGAAGGCAAGUUCAUUACACGCUCUUCUCUCUGCUGAAAUGUUUCCCAGGUUGGAAAUAUGGCCAGAUAGCUUUCUGAAGGAUGGACCACCUACGGAUGAAAGUAUCGCUCUUUACUUCUUCCCUUCCAGUGAAAGUAAGGAUGAAAAGGUAUACUAUUCCCUUGUUGGUGAAAUGAAGAAAAAUGAUUUGGCAAUGAGAUGCGUGCUUGACAAUGUGGACCUUCUACUCUUCACCUCUUAUCAGUUACCGAUGCAUUGUUGGACUUUUUACUCGAAGGAGUACCUGUGGGGCAUUUUCAGGCGCAGAAAGAUUUCUCGACGUUAGUCACUAGACUCUCACUACCUUUGACAGUUUCUGAAUUGGAGCUAGGUUUAACUCACAGAUGAAAAAUCUUAACGAGGACUUGCAGAAACUUCCUACACCUUUUGUCUAGCACAUAUCUGGUUUUGGUUGUCCAAAUGUUUUGAAAGUUUGCCAGCUACUGUGUAGAAGCUACCCUAGAUGGCAUUGUCUUUUGAGGCUAUUUUUAAUGGAUUUGUGCAACCGGUUAUUCAAAUCAGUGAUAACUUU